AUGGUGGGUAGAAUUCCCAACAACAAAGUUUCAUUGGAAGUACGUGAUAACAUUUUGAAUAAAUCGAUUUAUCGAGAAUAUUAUGAGGAAACCGUAGAACGAAAGCAAAUGGCACAACACGCGAUCGUGACUAAAAAUUAUUGUUUGGCCAAGAAGAAUUACCAAGAGUUUAAGAGACAAACGAAACAAAUAACAAAAAUCAAUAGAAAACAAGUCACUGGACCCCAAUGGUUCCAGGAAUUGUCUGAGCAACAGAUUUCUAUAUUGGACAACCUUUUUAAUCUUAUGAAAGAAGACUUCGAUUUGGCUACAGCAAAGAGUACAAGGCGAGCACUCAAGGCUCUAGGCGUGUGUACGUUCAUCCCACACACUGUGGCAAUGGAUGCUCUGCUCAAAACUGAACUUUAUUUAGUAGAUUUUCUGCAGAUAAUUAAAGAUUACGUGAUACAAAAGAACAAUGAAAAGUUCUGCAAUCGAACCAUUUCAGCCGAAAAAAAAAAAGAUUAUUUGCUAGAAGAACGGAUCUUAAUGUCUAGUAUCCUUCAUAUAGCAUAUCCGUGUUUUAUCAAAAGACUAGAAUACUUUCUCAAGAAUGCUAUGCCUGAAAAAAAUCUUAAAUACAUGAAACUUCCAAAAUCAACGAAAUUGACGAAAAAAUAUGCAUCUCCUUAUUUAGAACCAUUACCUGAACCUAAUCACACAUGGGCUAAAGUGAAAAAGGUUAAGUUUCACAAUAAGAAUGUAAGAAAACAAAAAAUGUUUAACAAAAUGAAAACUAUACAACUACAACAAAAACUUGAAACGGAGAUGCACGAUGAAAAAAAUAUAACAAUGAGAAUGAAAAUUACUUAUCCCAAAAAUUCAGUGAACAAAAUGUUUUGCAAACCGCCGUUGUUGAAACAGUUCAAUAGAGAAAAUGAAAAUAUACUGACACCGGAAAUAAUGAGCCCUAUAGUCAAAUCCUAUGUUUAUGAAGAUGACACGAUGCAAAGAAGUGGUGACAUGCAGACCACGAUUGGUGAGGAGGAGGAGGAUGUAUGGUCAACGAUUAGUCGUGAGUUCGUAGAGAACGUGACUUGGCGAUCUAGAGGAUGGUCGACAGCGUCUAACUCAAGCACGGUGACCGAAAAUACUACCUUAUACCACAGUACCAAACUCAUCGACACGCAGCAGCCACCCACGCAUGGUAACUUCCUAGAAAAACCAUUUGACUGUCUCCACACUGAUUACGAGGAGUCAAAUGUUUCGAUAGAUUCAAUCAGCGAGUCGUCUGAAAGCACUGUGAUGAAAACGAACCCGCACAAAACAGUUGUAGUGAUCGAUUUUGAUAGUUCAGUAGACCAGUUUGAUUGCAACAUGGCCAUCAGAGACGAUGGAAAAAAUGCGAGCGGCGAACAGGAAGACGCCGAUGAGAGCGACGAUGACGCGGUGUUAUCGGAGAUGUUGCGUGAUCUUAAUGUGAUGAAUAUGAACGCGGACGAAGAUAAUAUAUGUCAAGUGUUUCGAAAAUACGGUGCCAGCAUGGUGGCUCAGUAUGGCAACAGUCACCAGCAACAGCAGCAGCAUCCGUCGGUUUUUUCGUCAGGCACUGGUAUCACUGUGGCCAAAAUCAAUAGGACUAAACAUGUCGACACGCCGUCGAUGAAAGGCAUGCAGGGCACUCCGUUGCGGUCCGUUGUCGGAGUCGCCGUCAAAGGACAAUCAUCGGUAAUAACUCUUGGCAAGAAAAUGUCCGUGCUGCAAUUGCCACCUACUGAUCGUGACAGUAAUGGAGUUACCGUGCACAUCGAUGACAGCAAAGUCGUCAAUGAGUCUAUGAUAGAUGGAGACUGUGAUCAUAACGUAUGCACAAGGGAACUUCAGCCACUCAUAAAUAAGGAUGGUUCAGUAAACAUGACACGAUUACAUGCUGUAAUUCACAAACUACCUAACUGGAAACAACUAAGAGUGGUAUUGAAAUUAAUGUCAAUUAUGGGUGAUCCUAUAGCAAAUUUUCCGGACAUAAUCGAACUAAACAAAUUGCGUAGAUGGUACGAAAUACGGAUAAAUGUAAACAGACACAUGACGUCGAAAAUUAAACAAAAACUAAUAAUUCAGUCGAUAAAGUCAUGGAGUACACCGCGACCUAAACUAACGUCUGUUGGUGUACCGAAUAACCCAAUGCAUGGAGAAAACAAUAUCGGUGUGAUGAAAAUCACUUGGGAUCAAGUGAAUGAAAUUAAACGCAAGAUCAACAGAACGAAAGAUGAGUACACCUUUAAACUUAAAAGAAUAGCGAUUAACAACGCAAGGACAAUGUACCAGACCAUGCAUAAUGACUAUUAUAAUAAUCGUUUAAGCAGGAAUUUUAAACAAUCAUACUACGAUUAUUUCCCUGCUAAAGAGAACGAUUGCUUGUUUAAGUAUGUCGCUGAUAUAAAGAAGACAUAA